AUGUACGCGUGGUAUAAGGGCUCAACAAAAUGCUACGUCUAUCUCUCGGACGUUCCUUGUCGCAUCUUGGAUAUCACAUGGCAGGAAAUCCCCGUAGACACUUUCUUAUCGAGUAGAUGGUUUACGCGCGGCUGGACCUUUCAAGAGCUUCUCGCACCGGAAACACUGGUAUUCUUCGCUGCAAAUGGAACCGAACUGGGAGACAAAGCGAAUAUUCCAGAGGGUAUCGCACGUCAAACGCACAUUCCUAUCGACGUCUUACAGGACAGCGACUACUCUGCCAACUACAAUGUUGAAGAGAGGAUAGAUUGGACAAUGCAUAGGAGGACAAAACGCGAAGAGGACGCGGCAUAUUGUCUCCUGGGUUUCUUCGGGGUGCAGAUGCCGCUCAUAUAUGGCGAGGGUAGUGCGAGAGCCUUUGCACGAUUGCGGACUGAAAUCAAGCGCCACACGUUUCAACAAAACUUGCAGACAGUUUUAUCGUUCAUGAAAUUCCUCUAUGAUGGAAUAGUAAGUCAGUGA